AUGGCAUAUGCCCAAAUUCCUGCAACGUUGUCUUUUUAUAUACAUUUAGUUGGCGGUAAAGCGUGGGAUGUGCCUUCGAAACCCAACCAUUACGAAACAUGGGCAAAAGGAGAGAAAUUCACCAAAGACGAUAUUCUUGUGUUUGAUUUUUGUACUGGAAUGCAUACCGUCGCGGAAGUGCCAAAGGUGGCAUACGACACAUGCAACACCACCGCCGCCAAGACCAUCGAAACAUUGGGUCCCACCACAGUCACCGUGUCAAAUGUUGGCAUAGUGGGAGGCGAUGCGGAGUUAACGUCGGGUUUGGGUCUAGUGGCGGUGAUGGUUGCAGGUUAUGGUGCGUGUGAGGUGGCGGGUGGUGAUUGGUGGUGGUUGGUGGCGGAGGUGAUGGUUGCAGGUUAUGGUGUGUGUGAGGUGAUGGUUGCAGGAAAGUGUGUGAUGAAGUGA